GUAUCGCUCGCUGCCUGGCGUCUAGUAUAUAAUUUGAAAGUUGGAACGAACAAAACCCUGUUAUUGUUCUCGCGCUAGCCGAGAGCAAAAGCUACUGCACAAAUACCAAACACCGAUACCAACCGUUACAGUUUCAGACGGAGAGAGAGAAGGGGGGUAGCAAAUUAUGACCGCGCCUCCUCCGAUUCUCAAAAAGCCAAAAAUAGAACAAAACAACGACGGCGACGGCGACCACCAGCUAGUAGCAAAACCGAAAUCGAUGACCGAAGAAGAGAACGAAGGAGGAGGAGAAGAAGAAGAAGGGGAGGAAGGUACCAGUAUAGAAGAGCAAGAGGAAGCUUUGGUUGCUCUGGUCGACCACCGCACCCGUGAAGUUGAACAUCUCAAGAGACGUAUCGCCUAUUAUAAUUCGCAGCUCCAGGGAGCAGAGAAGAGAUUGCAUGAAACAGAAGCUCGAUUGGCUCGCUUACGAGGGCAAAGCAAUGCAAUAUCAUCUAAAGCUUCUCUGGGAAAUGGGACUAAAAGUGCAAAGAUGGAGUAUAGAUCAACCAGCCCUAUCCAUGCCAUUGAAAGUGCUUCUAGGAGCCAACCUCAAUCCAGAAAUGAAGGCCUGUUUCCUGCUGCAAAUCCAAGUACUUCCCAAUCUAUAAAAUUGGCAGGAUCCAGUGCAAAAGUGUUUGUUCGUUCUGGUUCACAAUCACUUCCUUCCACCCCCACUGAUACUCUUCCAAAAUUAAAAGCAGAAAAAUCUUACAUAAGUUCUCUGGAUGAAGAAGUUGUUGAAAUUCAGGAUAGGGGAACAAAAAGGAAGCUUGAACAGAAAGAACACAAGGAGUUGAUUCCAUUGAUACGCAGUGGCUCUUCUCCAUGCACAAUCCACUGCCAUACAAGCAAUCUCAUCUCUAGUCAGCAUAAGAGAAAGUUGAGAAGUCUUGUUUUCUGUCCAGUAAAUGAUCAGCUUUUUGUGACCAGUGCUUUGGAUGGAGUGGUCAACUUAUGGCAAGUUCAAUCUCGAGGAUCAGGUGCCUCUCUUCUUAGUUCUACUGAUUGUAUGUCUCCAAAGCAUAGGCGGUGGCCAGAAGAUAUAGCUUGGCACCCACUGGGGAACAGCCUAUUUUGUACUUACAGUGCUGAUGGAGGGGAUUCUCAGAUAUUAAUCCUUAAUUUGAAUAAAACACAAGCAAGGGCCCGUGUAACUUACUUAGAUGAUAAGCCUCAUGUCAAGGGCAUCAUUAACAGCAUAAUAUUCAUGCCCUGGAAAAGUGCCUGUUUUGCCACUGGUGGCAGUGAUCAUGCUGUUAUACUUUGGAAUGAGAAAGAUACUGAGAAUUUAUGGAAGCCAAAGCCAUUGCACAGGAAUCUGCAUUCUUCAGCUGUCAUGGGAGUUGCUGGGUUGCAGCAAAAGCAUAUUGUUCUGUCUGCUGGUGCAGACAAGAGAAUUAUAGGGUUUAAUGUUCAAGUAGGGAGAGCAGACUUCAAGCAUCAACUAGAUAAUAAAUGUAUGAGUGUUCUGCCUAAUCCAUGCGAUUUCAAUCUAUUCAUGGUUCAGACAGGGACUCCUGAGAAGCAGCUGAGAUUGUUUGAUAUUAGACUUAGGCAGACAGAGCUUCACUCUUUUGGGUUUAAACAAGAAAGCAGUGACUCUCAGUCAGCUUUGAUCAAUCAGGCUUGGUCUCCUGAUGGUUUGUACCUGACAUCUGGUUCAGUAGAUCCUAUGAUCCACAUCUUUGAUAUAAGGUACAAUUCUCACAAGCCAUCCCAAUCUGUGAGAGCUCAUCAGAAACGGGUUUUUAAAGCAGUCUGGCAUUACUCUCACCCACUUCUGAUAUCUAUAUCUUCUGAUCUGCACAUCGGGUUGCACAAGAUUGCAUAAUACUUCUGUUAGCAUUUUGGGACCCUAGGGCAAUUUCUUGUAUUGCUCAUUUUGCACUUUUGAGUCUCCUUGUUUUGAUUUGUGAGGUGAAAGGUCUAAAAGAUUAUUGGUUUAAGAAUGGAUUAUCAGAAAAAAAUGAUUGGGUUGACACCACAAAUUUUGCGGAUGUAUGAAAAAGAUACAGAAAUUUUUGGAGAACUUGUUGCAAAAAAGAUGGAUGUUAGCUGUGGUCCUUGAUUUAUGUUAUAUGGGUUGCCAUUUUUGAUCUGAAAAAACACAGAACACCAGCAGUUGAAACAUGGUUUAUUAUAGCAUCCAAUGUUUUGUAUUUGUUGUUUUGGAGAAAAUAUAAUCUCGAGUUGAUUCAA